UUGAAAAGAUCUCGAGGCCUGUUAGGAAGGAAGCGGUCUCCAUCACCCAAAAUUCAACACCCUUCCUUAACAUCAAAUCCCUCGAUAUUUUCUAGGGCAGACGCAUCUCAGAUCGGUGACAUUUGCUGGUUUUAAUAUAUUUAAACUAAAACCUUUUUCUGCCUUCCUGUGAUGGGAAAUUUACAGUCAAAACAAGGCAACCGGAUAAUAGGAAAAUAGAAAUCCUUGUCAUUGAAGUUUGUAUGUUUUUUUAAUUCUCUGAAGCGGCUGCCGGCGGAUCUACUGGGUUACUAUUUGUAGUUCCGCUCUCCUCUCUUCUCUUGACUCCCAUGGUGGAGACAAGGUUAACGAUUCGCUGCAACUUCCCGCCAUUAUCUGCCUUUAUUGCAUCGCUGUGGCCUUCUGUUGUCCCUUAAAAAUAUUAAUUUGGCACAGAGAACCGCUUCUCAGGAUACAAAUUGGUUGAAUUAACUCAAAAUCUGUAAGGCCAGCAUGAAAGGGGCUAAUCAGAUCGUCGUGAGGACCGUGAGUGCAAUCCUGCUUUGCAUAAUAAUGGUGGGAGUUGCUUACUCCGCCAUUGAUAAAAAUCUCCAAGCUUCCUUUACUCCGAUUCUUGCCAACUCUUUCUCCAGAAUACAGACACUGUUCCGCUCAGGGAAGGACAAUUCUGCAACAAAUCCAGAUAAUCCUUUUAAAUUAUCAAAUGUUACUGACGAGCUAAAAGAAAGCCUUUCAAAAGCCGCAAACCAGGAGAAAACCGUUCUGAUCACGACUCUAAACGCGGCGUGGGCGCAGAACAAUAGCAUGCUGGAUUUUUUCCUGAAAAGUUUCCACAUCGGUAACGGAACAGAGGCGUUGUUGAAAAAUUUGUUGAUUGUUGCCGUAGAUGAGAAGGCGCUCAAUCGCUGCCGUGAAAUACAUCCGCAUUGUUAUCUGAUGAAAACAGAGGGAGUCGAUUUCUCGGGAGAAGAGCUUUACAUGACUCAAGAUUAUUUGAAAAUGAUGUGGAGAAGGCUUCUCUUUUUUGGAGAGGUCUUGGAGCGAGGAUAUAACUUCCUUUUCUCGGAUGCUGAUAUUAUGUGGUUUCGAGAUCCCUUCACAAAAUUCUCAUCCAGAGCAGAGUUCCAAAUAGCAUCAGAUUAUUAUACAGGGAAACCAGAUGAUCUGCACAAUUCGCCUAAUGGAGGAUUCAUGUAUGUUCACUCCAAUGAAAAGACUGUAGAGUUUUUCAAGUUUUGGUAUCAAUCCAAGAAAGUUUAUUUAGGUAAAAAUGAGCAAGAUGUGUUGAACAUACUGAAAUGGAAGGAGUUCAGAAGCAGGGGACUUGAAGUCGAAUUCCUUGAUACUAAAUAUUUUGGCGGUUACUGUCAACGAACGAAUGAUCUGAAUUCGGUCUGUACCAUGCAUGCCAACUGUUGCAAAGGUCUGAAGGCCAAGCUUAUUGAUUUGAGAAAUACUCUUUCCGACUGGGAGAAAUCUAAGCGACAAGAACACCUAGGUAAAGGCAAGGAUGUGCGCUGGACAUUUGCAAACGCAUGUAGCCAUUCCUGGCGACGAUGAAACGUUUUCAACGGACUGUUGUAGCCUCAUCAUUCGUUUCUUCUGGAAUUUCUGCGUUCCUAAUUUAAAGGAAUUCAGGAAAAUCCUAAAUAACUCCUGUGUCAUUAGCUUGGAAUCAUCUAAAUUAGAAGGAAAACAAAUGUCCCUGAAAUUCAGAGACAUCGUUCACCAUUAAUUUUGUUUCUUUCCAUUUACAAUUGAAAAAAGAAAAAAUCAUAUUGCAAUAACUUCCUGAACUGGAAUAAACAGAAAUGUCUUUACAGUGGAAAACUGGUGGGGACAUCGUCUCCGGUUGGUUAGGUUCGCGGGAUUCUUGUGAAAACAUUC